UAAACCUUCUCCUUGCCCUCUGACGCCUCGUGUAAUAAAGCGUGAGUGUGCGUGCGUGCGGGGCAGUGCUGCUGCGGUGGAGGUGAUACCCGCGCUGGUUCGGCUGAAACACCGGAUGUGACGUCAGUGCAGUCGAGAAUAUGGCGUCUGUGAUGGUUUUGAAGGGAGGAAAGAAACAAUUAUGGGCCACCGGGCUGAAAAGGGAUUCUAAUACAUUUCUGUAAAGUCAGACGGAGUGAAACAGAGUGAAAAAUAAAUAAAUAAAAAAACGAGCUCUGGUUUCGGAAAUGCAGCCUUGAAAUCCAUGACAAACGAAGAACCAGCUCUCUCGCUGAAGAGGAGUUUAGUGCAGGCGCCGCUAAGACAGGUCAUUAAUGGCAGGGGACGUGGAAGUGUUUAACUCCUCGGUUCACGACACUAGCGUCUCGUCGGGCUUCAGGGCGCUGUACGAGGAGAGGCUGCUUCUCGACGUCACCCUUGUCAUUGAGGACCACCACUUCCAGGCUCACAAAGCCCUGCUGGCCACGCAGAGCGACUACUUCCGCAUCAUGUUCACGGCCGACAUGCGGGAGCGCGACCAGGACAAGAUCCACCUGAAGGGGCUGACAGCCACGGGCUUCAGCCGCGUGCUGCAGUUCAUGUACUACGGCACCAUCGAGCUGGGCAUGGCUACUGUCCAUGAGAUCCUGCAGGCCGCCAUGUACGUGCAGCUCACAGAGGUGGUGGAGUUCAGCUGCUCCUUCCUGCUGGCCAAGAUCUGCCUGGACAACUGCGCCGAGAUCAUGCGGCUGCUGGACGACUUCAGCGUGAACAUCGAGGGCGUGAGGGAACAGCUUGACGCCUUCCUGCUGGAGAACUUCGCGCCGCUCAUGACCCGGCCAGACUUCCUGUCCUACCUGAGCUUCGAGAAGCUGAUGGCGUACCUGGACAACGACCAGCUGAGCCGCUUUCCCGAGAUCGAGCUGUACGAGGCCGUGCAGGCCUGGCUGAGGCACGACCGUCGCCGCUGGAGACACACAGACUCCAUCAUCCAGAACGUGCGCUUCUGCCUCAUGACGCCGUCCAACGUCUUCGAGAAGGUAAAGACGUCUGAGUUUUACCGCUACUCCCGGCAGCUCCGGCAUGAGGUGGACCAGGCCCUGAACUAUUUCCACAGCAUCAACCAGCAGCCCCUGAUGGAGAUGAAGUCGAACCGCAUCCGCUCCCUGAAGCCCCAGACGGCCGUGUUCCGGGGUAUGAUCGGACACAGCAUGGUGAACAGCAAGAUCCUGCUGCUGCACAAGCCCAAGGUGUGGUGGGAGCUGGAGGGGCCGCAGGUGCCCCUGAGGCCCGACUGCCUGGCCAUUGUCAACAACUUUGUGUUUCUGCUGGGCGGCGAGGAGCUGGGCCCGGACGGGGAGUUCCACGCCUCCUCGAAGGUGUUCCGCUAUGACCCGCGGCAGAACUCCUGGCUGAGGAUGGCAGACAUGUCUGUGCCACGCUCGGAGUUCGCGGUGGGCGUGAUCGGGAAGUUCAUCUACGCGGUGGCGGGCCGGACGCGGGACGAGACCUUCUACUCCACGGAGCGCUACGACAUCACGGAGGACAAGUGGGAGUUUGUGGACCCGUACCCUGUCAACAAGUAUGGCCAUGAGGGCACCGUGCUCAACAGCAAACUGUACAUCACCGGGGGCAUCACCUCCUCCUCCACCUCCAAGCAGGUGUGCGUGUUCGACCCCAGCAAGGAGGCAGCCCUGGAGCACCGCACCCGGCGGACGCAGGUGCUCACGAACUGCUGGGAGAACAAGUCCAAAAUGAACUACGCGCGCUGCUUCCACAAAAUGAUCUCCUACAACGGGAAGCUGUACGUCUUCGGAGGGGUGUGCGUCAUCCUGCGUGCCUCCUUUGAGUCCCAGGGCUGCCCCUCCACGGAGGUCUACAACCCAGAAACCGAUGAGUGGACCAUCUUGGCAUCCAUGCCUAUUGGGAGGAGCGGGCACGGGGUGGCGGUGCUAGACAGGCAGAUCAUGGUUCUGGGGGGGCUAUGUUACAACGGCCAUUACAGCGACUCCAUCCUCACGUUUGACCCCGAGGACAACAAGUGGAAAGAGGACGAGUACCCGCGGAUGCCUUGUAAGUUGGACGGCUUGCAGGUGUGCAGCCUGCACUUUCCCGAUUAUGUACUGGAACACAUGCGGCGUUGUAGCUGAGAAUCAGUGUCCACGCUUUCUCUUUAGCGCUUCAAGGCAUUAACAAAAAAAAAAAAAAACAGUGAGAAGAUAUCGUUUACAGUGAAAUCGUUUUAUGUUCACAAAGACUGAAAUGCUUACUGGGUAGAUGAAAAUGCUAGGGAGUUCUAAAUGUUAUGUUUGUUACAUUAUUAUUGUGGGGGAUGAAGCAUACAUUUUAUCUUAUGCAUUUUCACAAACAAAGCAGGAAUAUCCAGUUAAAUACCCAUCCGACUUUCUUCAGGUGCAGAGGUAUCUAAAGUUACAGUUUAAGGAAGCCUAAAUAACAGCCUGGUAUAGUCACAGUCUUUAGCAAAAAAUCUGAGUGAGUGGGGAUUAAUUUGUGUUUUCCUUGGGCAUACAUUAGCACUUUCUGUAAUCUAAUAUUUCAUUAUAUUUAAACAGGGCUCUACGAAUGGCCAGUAAUGUUUACAGCAGAUCUGUAAUAAUUCUGACAGCGCACUUGCCUUUGAAAAUAAGACUUAAUGGCAAAGGAGCAAAUUACAAAUAUGCCUGACCCCUACACUUAAUGAAUUAUUGAACACAUAUAAAAUUAAAAUGAUCUCAUGCACCAGGUUACAAUUCUUAGUAUAUAUUAAGACACAGUCAAUUUAGGACUUCAGACACCUUCUCCAAGUACCCCACAAAGAUGUCAAAGGCUGGAAUUAGUUACAGAAAUGCAAAUGAGCCUUGUUGGCUUACUUUGACAGUAACAUUUGCAGAAACAGUGGUUUUCAUUUAGUUUUUUCAAAAAAUAAAAGGAGGUUGUGACCCUACUAGGCUGUUAAUGUUUCAAAUUGAGUCACUUUGCAGAGAUCAGAAUGGGCUUCAAGAUCUCCCAAAAUUAUUAUUUUAUUUUUCUACAAUCGGUGUAAUUUUUAAUAUUUCAGCUUCAGGUUAAAUAAUGUUAAAGUUUCUUGUUUAAAAAUAAUCUGUCAAUUAAGCUGUGCCAGACAUUUCAUUUUUUAUAAUGCAAUAAAUAUAUUAGGCCUAAUUACUUAUCGUUACUUUCUUGCGGAGGUUUAUCUUCGGUCCGCGACACACAGGUGACUGAUUCAUGGCAACUGCUGACGCAACCAGCACAUUUUCAAGCACCGUUUAAGCAACAGAAUAAAAAUAAGACGACGUAAUUCAGUAAUUUGGAGAGUAUUGCUUAAAAAGAACAUUUUCCCUGCAGACUUGUGACAUGAUAAGUGUAUGCUGCGGGCAGUUUCCUAUGCGUACAGCACACAGAACAGUGAACAUGCAGGGAAAGUGAAAUAUCAGGUUGUCGGAACCGUUUUAUAAUUCAGUAGCGCUCUUUACCAUUUCUUUAACACACCUCUUGUUCAUCCAAGCUUAAUGUAGUAGAAAGAUAAUUCAAGCGUUGUUAGAUGAAUCUCUGCAUUUCUUGUAGCAUGGCUGCUUUACCUGCCAACCCAGCGUCUUACAAAACCCCCCAAAGAAAAAAAAAACCCUUCUAUGUCAAUACCAUGAUUUUUCUAAAAGGGCUAAACCGUUUAAAGCAAUGCCAGCCGAUCAGUGGUGUUAGGAUGCUGCUGAACUGUAAAUUUUGCAAAAUAAAAUAAUCAUUUUUAGUGUCAGAGGUUAGCAAGAGCAAAUAUAUUUUACCAUGCCAUGGCAAGUUGUAUAUAUUUGUUCAUACACAGAAGCCAUUUAGCUUAGUAAUUAUGAUAGGGGGGGUGCCCACUUGUUGAAAAACUUCAGCUGCAACAACUUAUUUUGUAAUUCAAAUCCAUGAACAAAUUCCCUAAAUAAGGCCACUGCAUGUUCCAGAAACGCAAUCUGUUACUCUGCUACACACUCAACAGACUCUGCCUCCUAACACUACUUCCUUUUUGCCCAUCUACUUCGAAUAAUAUACAUGUCUGUCGUUCUCAUGGCAGAAUGAAGCAAUCACGGCGACAGUCUGUACAAUAACAGGGCUGCUUUCGUUUGCUGUAUCAAUGCAGGUUUGCUUUCUUUGGUCCCUGGAAAAGUUCUGAAACACUACAGUGGUUCCCGUAUUAAAAAUAAAGCUGAGAACCACUGCUUAUACUUCUAUCAUGGCUCCUUUAUCUUUGGGAUGUUAUUUAGAAAAGCACAAGGGUCUAUGAGCUGGGGAAUGUUGCCUACAAGUGACGGCCACAAAAUAACUAUUUACUAUAAAAGUUGUUUUCACCUUUAAUGGAACUACAGUACCAUCGGGUAUAAUUUACAGAAAUGUCUAUUGUCCACUGCUAUAUUCAUAGGGUAUAUUUGCAGAAAUGUCUAUUGUCCACAGCUAUAUUCAUAGGGUAUAUUUGCAGAAAUGUCUAUUGUCCAUUGCUGCAUUCUUCUAUUUUCCCCAUGUGUAUAGAGUCCUACAUGUAGCCCUUGUUUUGCUCAUUUGAAGUAGAUUUUUCCUCCCUGGCAUCACCACAUUUUUACAACUUCAGCCUUCAGUAUGUUGUUUAGCAUCAUGAUAUGUGAUCAAUGUUAAAGCAUGAUAGUGUUUAAUGAUGGUGAAACAGCUUCCAUAGUCAAUAUUUCCAUCACUUGUAGGACAACUUGCCAGCUUGUAGACCGUUAGAAAAGCAGGUAUCUUUAUCAGCUCUGUGCUGGGGGAAAAGUGAUCCUUUGCUCUUAAAUUGUAUGAAAAAUAUUAUGUAUUGCAGUUUUAUUUUUUGUAGUUAACCACUGGUAUUAGCUACAUAUAUUUUGUAUUAAUUUAUUUUUUUAUGUUUAUUUAUAUUGUUGCCAAUUGUUGUACAUUUUUUUGUUUUGCUAUAAAUACAGUUCUUUAAAAGCAGAAAGAGACAAACUGAGGGGAAUCAGAAUCCAACAAUAAGGUAAUUAGAUAAAUACAGGUACAUGUUAGCAACAAGGCCUUUUAACUGGUUAUUCAAUGGAUAACUUUACACAAGCCUAUGAGGUUAUUAUGCAUUAUUUGAUUGGCAGCCUCAUCUUAUGUAAAGCUUUGUAAACACAUGGUUCUUUAUUAACAGUAAAUGCUAAACUUUGCUUUGCAUUCCUGGAAAGUCUUGGUUGGUUUCUGCUUCUGCCUGUAGUGUUUAUCCACAAGUUCUCAUGAAACAGCGUUUUCUGCACAAAUACUCUGAAUCCUUUAUUUAACAUUCCUGUCCAGUGCUGUACGGUCCACCCCAAAAAAAGAUCAUUCACAGCCCAGGCAGGUGAUUGCAUUCUGUUUGUAGCCAUACCUGUUCUUUUGUCUUUGUGCUCCAAAUCACUUCAGCAGAGUUUACAGUAUAAUCAUUUUCUGUUUGGUGUCUUUCUGUAAAAUGAUUCCUUGAUCAGCUGCUGCCUAAAUAACAAGGUGUGUACCGCGUUUCCAUAAUAUUAUGAGGUAAAUUGUGCAGGUAGCCUUGAAUGACCAGUCCUGGAAAGUGUUGGAAAAACAGGUACCAGGCCCUGCUUGUGAUGCCAAUAAAAUAAUGCAACUAUGGUAUAUUUACCUUCAGCUUUAAAACAGCUGUGCUGCAGUGUACUGUACAUGUAGUGACAUUUGUUAUUCUAUUGUUUUUAACAAUGUUAGCAUUGCCUUGGGUUCAUUGCAUGUUCAGAAGGGGAAUUACGGCUGUCUAAACUACUGUAUGGGGAUAUCUGUACUUUUCAUGCUACUGACUAGUUGCAAGAGUUGAGAAUGGUUAUUAUGUGUUAUUGAAAAGUAAAUCCAGAGACUUAAAGGGAUGCUUU